GCGGCGCUUUUAUGUAAUACACAAAUUCCAAUAUGGCUGCGGUGUUGUCGAAAAAAAUACCAACUUCUUUAUUUCUUGUUGUCUAGAUUUUUACACACAUCGUAGGGUAAAUAUGAUUGACGUAUCAAUACCACAGUUUAAACAGAUAGAGUCUGGUGACGAAAAAGCGUACACGGUGUUUGUUAUCGAGGUGUGUGCUGCAGGACGGCGACACACUCUGGAGAAACGCUACAGUGAGCUACAUACUCUGCACAGGGAGCUGAAGAAGACGUACCUUACACCAGAGUUCCCCCCUAAACGUGUGCGGAACUGGAACCCAAAGGUGCUGGAGCAGCGCAGAAGGGGACUGGAGACAUACCUCCAGGGUUUGAUACACCAGGACAUCCUUCCCAAGAUCCUCCUGGAUUUCCUGGAGAUCAACAUGGCGACCCAGCUAGGCUACGAGUCAGUUUGUUUUUUAUCCUCUUCAUGUGAUAAGCGACACCCUUCCAUCACCUAA